AAUGAGCUGCACCAUUCUCCGCCUUCAAGGCCAGUUGUCUCAAAAAACAAUACAACUAGACGACCAAGAACAAGAAAAUCACAACAUCAUGGUCCUCGUCUCUUCAAGAUUCCAAGACCGCCAAGGUCGCUGGGGCAGAAGCAGAACAACUGUCAGGACAUCACGGGCAACUCGUCUACUGUUAUGCGCCUCUACUUCCCAACACGAUUUUUUUUUCGGUGCAUUAGCACAACACGAAGCAGCAGCAGCAGGAGAAGGACGACAGAAAAAUGCGGAAUUUCUAGAAACAGUCGCAAGUCCUGCUAAUGUACAACAACACCUCCAGGCUACUACGUCGACGUCCUCGAGCAGUUCCUCGAAUGUUGCUCCACCUGGUUCUGGUGUAGUGCAGAAGCAGGCAGAAGCAGGACAAGUUGGUCUUGUUACGUCAACAUCUGGUUUGAGUGGAGGAACAUCUUCUCCUGGUGCUGCUCGUGGUCUUGGUCGUAGAGGAAAGGAUGAACUCCCGCAAGCGCAGGCAAAUCGCUUACCUCCUGUGGCUGGAACGAACGCUCAACAAGCUACAAACGCUCCCCAAGUCACGAACGCUCAACAAGACACCUCAUCGUCAUCCGGUGGUAGUUGCGCUGCUACUGGCAGUUGUGAUUCAUCCAAGCCUGCAGUCGCACCCGCUACAUCCAAGCCUGUAGGUUCCUCUAGUACUGAGGACACUACUGUUGCAGCAAGUGGAACAACACCGUCAGCUGGAGCGGAAACAUCUUCAUCCAAGGCUGCAACUACACCAGCAUCAUCGGGCAAUAACGCAGCAGGUAAUAACAAGCAGGAUUCCCCCGCUUCAUCAACAUCCACCAAUGGUGCUAAGGAUGCAAAUGGUGCGGUGGAGGCGACAAGCAAAGGAGCCGAUGGUGGGGAGAAAAACAAGGCCUCAACUGGUGGAGAAGGAGAAACGAAGAAAAAGAAGUUCACCUCCCCACCUUUGGACCCUGACUUUAAGGCACGAACAUGUUCUUGUUGUAUCAUUUGGUUAUUUUCUGGUUAAACGAAGUUCAUUCACGACUGCAUAAUCACAUUUUUUUUUCUACUUCUCGAAGGUCCACCUGCUAGUACUCGUCUUAUUUUCCGUUGGCUUUGAUUAGCUAUCGAUUAGAAGUUCCUCUUUAACGUUCAUAUUCUCUAUCCCUUAUUAAGAGUAGCUAGUAGUAGUACUUGGACUCGUAGUAGUGAGUACUCUUUGUUUUUCCGAAGUAGUAGUUGUUCACCUAAAAAUUCUCAUUCCUUAUUAAGAGUAGUACUCUUUUCCGAACAAGAAGUUUUUCUAAUUCUGACGUUGGACCACGAUUACCGAGAGAUGAAGACGUGUUGGAUCUACCCGAACCGAAUGAAAAUGGCUUGAUCACAAUUUCCACCGCACGCGCAAAGACUGGAGGGCUAGAGCCCAUUGUCCUCGAACCGGGUGAGGUUCCUCUGUGGAAAGCAAAAUUGGUAUUUUUUUCCAAAACUAUGGAAAGCAAAAUUUCGAUUUGUAUUUUUUAGAAGUGAACAUUCAUACUACAUCAUCGUAGCGGCCCAUUAGGAUCUUGAAUAAGUAUUUCUGAAUAGUAUAAUGAGGAAGUGCAUCGUGCUCGUGCCUCAUUGCUAGGAUGAACUACUUCAAAAAUUUCAGGUCUUAGACGCCUUGGACCAACAGCGCAGCUGGUGGGAAUCGUUUUACAUGCUAGCAAGUGGGACUGGGGCUCGCACACUGAAUGGACAUGAACUGCAAAUACGGGCCGGCCAAGGGAUCAGUGUUCGCCAAUUGCAAGCAUUGUUAUGUUGAGGACUAGAGUUUAGCAGUUGAUGCACAAGUAUCUCAGGAGUCGUGGUCUACGUCUACCUCUACUCUAGAAUGAGAAUGAUUUAAAUCGACUUCGUCUGAGGCUGCUGUCUUCGCCUGUGACUGAAAAUAUCUUUGUCUCACUUCUUCGUUCCUCACCCGCUGUUUCUACUAAGUGUAAGUAAGUGCUCGACGUGUAACUCUCAUGCUCACCUACUUCUAACACACCGUAUCGAGAAAGCUAUGGUGAAACGAAUGAAUGUGCAGGACCUCGCUGUCCUGGGUCUUCUGUGCGUCAUUUACUUCGUCACGUUGGCUUUCGGCUUUUCUAUCGUCUACCGAAUGAGCAAGAACAACUCAGCGGUGAAAUACUACGCAGAUCCCAGGUGUUGAGAUAUUUCAUGACUAAUAGUCAAAUAUUUUUCUCAUGAUCUGACCCUGAAAGGAUGAAUAUGUGUCAGUGUCAUCAUGAUUCUAAAUAAUAUACAGAUGCGAGUAUGAUGAAGCUGGCUACAUGCAUCUCUUUGAAAUCAUACUGUUUCUGAUAGCCUUCCUACCACCUACUUCCCCACCACGAUAACACCUCUGAAGAUUACCCACGCCGUCUGCGUACCCACUGCUACGGUACCCACCAUCAAGUGAAAUUCCCUUCACCAGGUCCCAUCCUCUCGUAAGCGAUGCUUCUAACGUUGAUGGUAUGCUCAGCGAUUUUGAUAUUGCACCGACAAAAGCACAGUUGCUCGUUGUCGGGUGGCAAAAGACGCCACAUGUGCAUCGUGUGUUUUGGAGAGGCGGACGUUGGCAGGUAUUUCUACGGUUGUGACUCUAUACGUUUCAGUCGUUGAAGAUGCCAGUAGUUCUUAAUACUAGAUCACACUUUCUAUCUCUAAAAUCAUGAAAACGCCACUGGCACCGGGAGGGCCGGGGAGCUAAGUAGUUUCAAUUUAUCGAAUUAGUAGAUGAAAAUCCGGGUUCAUCCAUCAUUUCCUAAAAACCUCCAUGAUCAGCCUGCAUUUCAAUUUGGCUUGGAUAUUUCUACCUUUGUGGAGAAAAGCGCGGACAUUUCGGAGUUUGACUUUCGGCAGAUUUCGAAAUUUCUACACGUAAAAAGCAACGACUUGUCACAGCUAGUAAUAGCAAAGGAAACAAAAUUUAUGUCGUUGGAUUUAGGGUUUGUUCUUGUUGUUUCUACAUGUCUCUAAGGGGGCAAUAAGAGCAACAGUGGUCGUAAAUACUAGUGUCGUGGUUGAAUGUCAUGCUCAUUGUGUUCUACUUCUUGCUUAUGUCAACACGGUGUCAGAAGAUGAUCCUUGCAAAAAUUAUACUGAACGACCUACAAAAGUCUAUUCCUCACUCUCAGGUAUCUAUAAUAUACCUAGUACUCAUCCGAGGUCACUCACAAAACACAGCUCUGUUCACCUAUUCUGCUCUAUUCACCCCUGCCUAUCCGACGCUCACACACCACUGCUCUGCUCUUUUUUCCCAGGAGCAGGGGAUACAACUACAACAAGUUGACUAAUCGAUCCAGACAAAUACCUGCAACACGCAGUACAUAAUAACGGACAAGAACUUGUUCAAAUCAUCACCUCGUUCAUACCCCGGGCCGGCCUCGAGGAGUUGGUUGCGAAGAUCAAGAAGCGAAUCAAGGGCUACGGUGGUUUCGAGCACGUCCUUGUGGAGGUGAAGCUGCAAGCCGACGAUCGCGUGACGAUAUUCAAGAACCGACGAUGGGCAAACUUCAUGCAUAACCGGACCACGAAGACGCUCUUCAUUCUCUCGGUAUUUGGGAUUCCGUUCUAGUAUGGCGUCUGCUACUGGUCAGUUUUCAUUUCAGUGAGUGCUGCUUCCGCUAGUUCGAAACCCUGUAUUUGACUUGAAGAAUUUAUUUACCUCGAAAUUACGUAACCGAGAGAGAGAGAGACCACUCGCCGCGGCCUUGUAAUCCUAACGUAGUGCUAGUGUCCUGUUCUACUAAGUGGAUCUGAUUUGAUCAAACUAACUUGCGUGUAAGUACGUGUAGUUGUAGUCUAGUAGAAGAUGGAAAGACAAAGAUGAAGGUAGAAAUGUUGAUGCAGCCAGUCUUAUUUUUCAAAAACUAAGGACAAUCACAUAAUAUUCAUUCGUAACUUUCUAAUUCCCCUACGCCUACAUGUGGUUGCGUUGUCGCCAGACCACGGUGCGUAGUUACUAUCACGUGAACAACAGCGCCGAUGCUUUCUGGGAGCUCAUUGAGAGCAAACUGGUUCCCGGCACUCCAGAUUCCUUUCUAUCGCAAUUUAUGGGGCGUUCUACUUGGUGUAAGUUGAUGACCUGUCUGCAUCAGUAGAGUACUAGUACUCACUGUAAAAUUGAUGAAGUGGUUAGGAGCUGCUGUCCAAUCAGAAAAAAGUGGGAAUGGUAUGCAGCAGAUAUUGUGCAGGCGAUAGGUCAGCUUAGGUUAACAUGAUGUGGAAAGCACAGAUAUGCAGUCGAUACAUACUUAGGUCUUCACAGAUUAACAUGAUGUGGAAACCGCUAAGCAAGCUGCGUCUCCAGCCCCAACGGCAAGCGGGAGCCAGAGUAGAACGACGACCAGCACAACGACGCGCAGCUCAUCGCUAAACAGUGUAACAGGCAAUGGAGGCGGAGGCUAUGGAAGUACUGCGCCGACUGGUGUAGUUUGACGUACUUCUACUACUUCGUGGAAGAACAAUGAAGGUAGUUCUGUUAUUUUCAAUGACAGUUAAAGUAGUAGUACGUAAAGGAGAUGAUAGAUGAAAAUGAAAUAGUACGUACUAAAUGAGAUUUUUUUGAAUAGGAUUGACAUUGAUAGAAGAUGAUCAUGAUCAUUUACAGCGGACCAAAACCAAAAGCAAAAUAGAGGGGGAGGAGGGCGUGUAAGUGUAACAGGGAGUCGGGUGAAAAUAUCUUCGCCGCAGGAGCUUAGUUGUAAGAGUAAGAGUAUAAGUGCGUAAUACAAGAACUUCUGAGAAUGAGGAAAGGUUACGCUGCAACUAGUAAAAUCCAAGGAGUGAGAUCCACUUCCAUUUUGCAACAAAAAAGUCACAGUUUGAGCAUGUUGAAGAAAUUAAAGUACUAAAAGUUGAGACAGAAGUAGAGUAGAAGUAGUAGAUGAACAUAGUCAACAUCAAGGCUGCAUUGCAGUUCCAUCAACUCGCUACUCUGAUUCACGACCCAAAGAGAUGUCAAAAGAAGUGGAAGUCUGUCAUCAUUUACAAUAAAUGCAACAUCCAAGAUGGUAGCGGAGUGAGCCACUGCUACAUGUUGAUCUAGUUUUUCUUCUCGUCGUACUACUGCAUAACACUAACAAGAACAUGCAUAGUAUUUCUUGGGAAUGUACAGAACAAUGAAUCGGGAACGGGGACAAACACUAAAAUAUUCUUCACCAAUCUAUUACUCAUCCAGGGCUUGCUGUGCUAUUCUUGCUAAGUUGUGCUAACAGCGAAAAUGACUUUGUUGAAGCUGAUGAACUACGUAUUUCUAAUUCUAUUUGAAAUCCAUAUGACAACUACCGACCAGGACCACUUAUUGUUCUGAAACCAGACUAAGACGCUGCAUAUGUUGUUGAGAUGGAGCAUUAUUAAGAUUCCAAGUUGACAAAAAA